CGAGACAGUUUCGGACCCGGAGCCAGCCUAGCUCUGGAUGCUGGGCCUGGCUUCCCGGCGUUCUCUGCGCCCUCGAGCCGAGUGCGCCCCGCAUUGAUGGGGAGAGUUGUAUUACGCAGGAGUACCGUAGCGUCCUCUCGGAGCAGGUGGAUGAUGGGACCCUGAGUGUGAGGUCAUCCCACUUGAGUACCUUUGAAGAUUACAGGGUAUUUCCCUGAGGUUUAUAUCAUUCCUUGAUUGCUGCUUCUUGAAGUAUUGUAACAGGAUGUCUGCACAGUCAGGGGAAGAAGAUUCAAUACUGAUCAUCCCAAACCCAGAUGAGGAAGAAAAGAUUCUGAGAGUAAAGCUGGAGGAGGAUCCUGAUGGCGAAGAGGGAUCGAGCAUUUCCUGGAACCAUCUCCCUGAUCCAGAGGUCUUCCGGCAGCGAUUCAGACAAUUUGGAUACCAGGAUUCACCUGGGCCCCGUGAGGCUGUGAGCCAGCUCCGAGAACUGUGCCGGUUGUGGCUCAGACCAGAGACACACACAAAGGAACAAAUCCUGGAGCUGGUAGUGCUGGAGCAGUUUGUUGCCAUCCUACCUAAGGAGCUGCAGACUUGGGUUCGAGAGCAUCACCCAGAGAAUGGAGAGGAGGCAGUGACCGUAUUAGAGGACUUGGAAAGUGAACUGGAUGACCCUGGACAGCCGGUUUCUCUCCAUCGCCGGAAACGAGAAGUACUGGUGGAGGAGAUUGUAUCUCAGGACGAGGCUCAGGGACUGCCAGGUUCUGAGCUUGACGCUGUGGAGAACCAGCUCAAGUGGGCGUCCUGGGAGCUCCACUCUCUGAGACACUGUGAUGAUGAUGCUAGGACUGAAAAUGGAGCGCUAGCUCCAAAGCAGGAAAUUCCUCCGGCAGCAGAAUCUCAUGAAGUUCCUGGAGCUCUAAAUAUAGGUGUUCCUCAGAUUUUUAAAUAUGGAGAAACCUGUUUUCCCAAGGGCAGGUUUGAAAGAAAGAGAAAUCCCUCUCGAAAGAAACAACAUAUAUGUGAUGAAUGUGGAAAACACUUCAGUCAGGGCUCAGCCCUGAUUCUUCAUCAAAGAAUCCACAGUGGGGAGAAACCGUAUGGAUGCGUUGAGUGUGGGAAAGCAUUCAGCAGAAGUUCCAUCCUUGUGCAGCACCAGAGAGUCCAUACUGGAGAAAAACCUUACAAAUGUCUUGAAUGUGGGAAAGCCUUUAGUCAGAAUUCUGGGCUUAUUAAUCACCAGAGAAUCCACACUGGGGAGAAACCUUAUGAAUGUGUUCAGUGUGGAAAAUCAUAUAGUCAAAGCUCAAACCUUUUUAGACAUCAAAGGAGACACAAUGCAGAAAAACUUCUGAAUGUUGUGAAAGUUUAAGAAAUUAGAAAAAAUUAAAUCAUCACUCAGGUCUUUUUCUUCAGAAAUGAAGACAAAAUGAAAACCAUGAAAUGAUACAGAAAAGCUUUUUUCCCUGUUGACUGGCAGAAAAUUCACUGGGAAAUACAAAAACAGAAAUCUCCAUUCACCGUUAUUAUUUUGUCUUGAAAGAAAUGGUGUCACAGCUGCCUAGACACUGAGAUCUUAAGCAAUUCAGGUGUUAAUACCUAAAUUUUCCAUGUGACAUUUAUAGUCUCUACAUCCCUCCCACCCCUCCCACCCCACCCCCAAACAAUGAACUACCUAAUUCUUUGUCCCUUUCUUAAAAUUUCCUUUUUCAGACAAAUGCUUUAUUUUUGUGUUGGUCAUUGAAUGUUUUGUGAGGAUACAUUCCUUUUUAACAUAAAAGGCAACAGAGGAAUUAUAAAAUUUGAAAACCUAUCUUCAAGCGUUUAAAACUUACCUCUGGAAUUUUACCGUUCCGUCUACUUUUGAGAAAAUAGAUGAUAAAAGAUGGCCAAAAGCCUCAAAGUAGAAUGAGCCUUCAGCUCUCAGAUGAGUGGUGGUAGUAGAACUUAAAAACUAAAGGGAAAGGUUAGGGAAGAUACAGAAAAUAUUUCUGCUGUGAUCACUGAAGUGAAUCAGUUUAAGUACAGUCAUCCUACAGGAAAACUCAAGGACUGCUUUUUUAGUUUGUGAGCAUCUUACUAAGGGAACCAUUUUCCUCUGUAAAACGAGACAAUUGUAAAGGUGAAAGGAAAACACUAAGGAAGGAUUUGUAGCAAAUGGCAGUGUCGAGAGGCAACUGUAAGGUUAAGGUCAUGGUAUGUCUUGGCCUUUAGAGGAAAACUCACAGCUCUAACCAUUAUAUUGCCUUUAUCCUUGUUAAGGACAGAAAAUUCCUUGACAGGUGGGCAGCAGGUAUCAGGUUUGCUAUUUUUAUUCCCUUGGUACAAAAGGGUUGAACACCGGGCUAAAAUAGCCAUGCAUUUAUUAUUAAGCAGCUUCUCCCGACAGUGAACCUUGCUAGGUACUGUAGCCCUUCCAUAAGUAGGUAGGCGUCUAUUCCACUGUGGGUCAUGAGGGUUGGUGUAAGGCUCUCUCAUGUGGUUAGCCUCAUUCCCCAUGGGCAUUCCCAGGUUACCUCUGAGAUUCUCAGAGCUGUAGGUCUCUUACCAGUGUGUUGGGUUUGAAUGGAGAGGACUCAACUGAGAGAGCCACCCAGCUCGCCAGCAUUCUUCAGAGGUGAGUUCAAGAUACACUCUUGCAGUUUGAAGGUUUAUGAAUCAUUAAAAAAAACUUUCUAGUAGCAUUUCGGUUGUGACUACAUGUUAAGUCAAAUGGACUGUUCUUUAAAAAUAACUAGGAUGUUAACAACUAGUUUAUUAACUGUCAGAAUUGAUUGAACCUUUUUUUUAAUUUACAGUCUUAACAUGUCUUUAAAAAAAUGUAUGAAAUACAUUGUAGUAAUAGGAUUAUAUGCCUUGGCUGAGAAUCCCAGGUACUGUGAUUCUGAUGUUUAAUGGAAAACUCCGGAAGUAAAAUAUUGGCUGUGAAAAGGGGAUUUUUUUGUGUGUGAGACAGGCAUUGUUACAUGGAAAAUGAUCCAUGCAAGUGCAAAUAUUUCAUAAUUCCAGAGAUUAGGGUUAUACCUGGUGCUUGGAUCAAAUUUUAAAAUGAAAAGUGAGGUUUGCAUGAGCCUGUUGAAAAACAGUAAUAAAUGCAAGGCCAGCUGGUGGAGGAGUGAAGCAGAGUGAACCUUGUUCAUAGAUUCUGAUAACAAUUAUAAGAAAUGUGCUUUAUAGAUUAAGAUUUAUUAAGUAUAAAUAUGUAGUAAUGAUAUAAUGUAUUUUUAAGUUAUACAAGAAAAUGUAGGGACUCUUUGGUCUUUCUUCUCUGUGGCUGAGAGGAAGCAAGUUAAUGUCCAAUAAAGCUGUAAACUCCUCUGCUGUAAGGUAAAGUGACCUAGAGUGGAUGGACUGAUUUAUUUAUGACUGGCUUCUUUCCAAGUAGGUUUUGAGGUGGUGCAUUGAAAGACAGACUGCUGGGAUGACAGAAUUCUUGUUUUAGUAGGUAAGAGGCAAGUAGCCAUUCAGGCGGGAAUGUCAGUGAUCUUAUAGCUUACCUGUAUGCAGGAAGCUUCUCUGGGAUAGAUUUGCUGCAAAUGCCAAAGGUGUUUGGUAAUGUCAAAGCACAGAAAAGUUAGCAUUAGAGUGGGCAAAUAUGCUCAGAUACCUGUGUGUUGGGAAGGAAGCUAAGACAGGCUCUGUGGGCAAAGGGAACUGGACCAGGAAACCUGGGUGUGAUAAACAGGAAAGGAAGUGAUGAGAUACAGACUUACCCCUCUUUUGCUAGACUAAAUAGGUCCUUGCUAGACAAAUUAGAUGUACGAAAACUCUUCAGUGAUUUAUGACUUCAUCCACACUUAUACCCACACAGAUCAUCAUCAUAAGUUUUGGAGGUGCCUAGUCUCUGAUGAAGUAGUCAUGUGGCAGGUGCCAAGCAGUGGCCUAACCACCUGUUUGAUUAGCAGAUGCAUAACUAUGUUAGGGCAUACACAUUGCUGAUAUACUGCCCAAUAUAAGCUGUUAGGUUGUUUAAGUCACACCCAAUUGACAUUUGGUCAUUUAGCAAUGUCUUACCUUUGUGUAAGCUUAGGGAAGGUUACUUGUAUUGAAAUAAUGUGCAUGUUAAGCUUUGGACUGGAAUACCUAAUAUCACCAAGAUUUGUAGACUAGAAAAACAAGAUUCAGACAUCAUGUGACUUGGAUGUGGCCACCUAGUCCUGUGAACUCCAAGGCCAGGGUUUUUGUUCACUGUGUCAUGGAUAAUGACUUAAAUCCUGUUUGGUAAGCACUACAUUUUUGUUUUACAGUUAACAAAGGAGAGCUAUUGUACAUACACAUUUGAGUUUUUCACAAUAUAGAAAAAAAAUGAAAAGGGGACAUUUUCUUCGUCAUAGAAAUGGUGGUAAUUUGGUUUAUUGUCCUUUGAGAUUUAGCUAUUACUUGUUUAAUCAAAAAUAUGUUAAUAGCUCACCCUAGGGUUGUAUACAGGCACAACUGAAGUGCUUGUCCAUGAAUUAAAAUUUAUUUUCAACCGUCACACGAAGUAGGUACAUACCUCCAACGUUCAUCUACUGCACUGAGACUUGCUUUCCCUCUGCAAAUGGAUGUAGACAUUUUUAUAGUUGCAUAGUAUCCCAUUGCAUGAAUAUAAUUGCAGUUCAUCUAACCAACACCAUAUUGAUGGAUUAUUAGGUUCUUUAUAGAUUAUAGGUAUGGUUAACAUCCAUAUACAUAACAUUUUACUACCUGUGUGGGUAUUUCUAUAAUAUAAAUAACUAGAAAUUGGUUUAUUGAGUCAGAGAAUGCCUCUUUGACAAUUGGGGAAAUACAGUGAAAAAUUACACCAUUUUGCAACUCUCUGCCGACACCCAUCAGUGCUGUGCAUCCUUCAGAUGCCUUGCCCAUCUUAUAGGCCAUUUUUUUUUUCCCACUUUUUUGUUGUGCCUUUGGUUAUUAGUAAGAAGGAACAUUGGCUAUUUUUAUGUUCUGUUGUGAUUGCUCUUGCCCAAUUUUUUUAAAUUAUGAGAGGAUAAACCACUGUGGUUCUCAUUAUACAAAACUUAAAAUGGACAAAUAUAAAAGUAGAGAGACCAUUUUCCCCAGGGCUUCUAGUUGCUUCCACUUCCCAGGUUGGCAUCCAUCCUAGAUGUUUUCACACAUUUCCAUAAGAAUAUGCAGAAACAUGGAUACAGUUUUUAAAUAAGAUUAUAUAUGAGUUUUAAGAUCUUUGUCUCAUAUUUUGUUCUUUAAAUUUAUUUAAUGAUUAAUGGGACUAAGUGGUAUGAAAAUACUAUUUCCUUCUUUUGCUGGUCUUUGCCAAAGUAAACAUCUUAUACAGAUGUCUUUGCACAUCUUUUGUGUAUUUUAGAUUGGAGUCCUAAAAGGUAUGUUGCGUUAAAAAAUGUUUACUGUUUGACACAUCCUCCUUAGUCUUCCAAAAGACAUGUAUACAUUCACCAACUAUAGAAAAUGCUACUUUCUUCACAUAGCCUUGCCUAUACUUGAUAGUCUUUAUCUGUUAGGCAAAAGGAGGAGAGGAAGAAAUAAAGAGACUGUCCUCAUUUUGCAUUUCCCAGAUGGUGAGGUUGGGGUUCUUUCUGUGUUUAUUGGUCAUUUAUUAUAAUUUCAUCAGGGAUUGUUUAUUCCUAUCUUUUACUGCCUUUGUACUGGGUUACAUGUGGGUUUCUGUUUGUUCCGCAUCUCUUCCCUCAUCUUUGGUAAGAAAACCCUUAUUUAUUGUGGUUAACCCAUUCCGUAUGGCUUAGGUGAGCACAUGACCAGGCCUGGCCUCCUGAGUCCCACAGCACCCGAGCCACGCUGAUUAAAGAACAGGCAUGUAAUUUAGCAGGCUAAGGAGAGCCCUCAACAGUACUGCUGGGACUACUGGAAAGAAGGCUUUGCGGAGACCCCAGAAACCAAGGGCAGUGGAAGCCUGACUUGCACCGGUUGGAGAAAGUCUAGCUGAGGAGAAACUCAGAGGCUGGCAAAAAUGGUGAGAAAACUUAAGUUCUGAUGUCAUUUUCUGGAGGCCCUAGAUCCAGCUGUGCCUAAAGCCUGCCCUACCUCUGGACUUUAAAGUUUUGUGAGCCAAUAAAGUCCCUUUCUUGUCUAAGAUAAUUGGAUUUGGCUUCGAUCCUGAUUAAUAUAGGUUAUUUGUAUUUUCUUAUUGAUUUGUAGAAAACAUUUGUAAUUUUAAAUUCUAGACUUAUAUUUCAUGCAUUAUAUAAGUUAAUAAAAUUAGCACGGCCUUCCAUGA